UCCUCAGUAGCUAAGGAAAGAUGAAGUUUGUCACCAAGUUGUUCUUAGCAGUCUUAUUAGCUCUUCUUCUCUUUCUUGUGUUCAGAUAUGCUCCAGGAGAGAUCAUGGAUACUAGAAAAGGACCUAGUAUCAAGAGUACUCUUGCUAGUACCUAUGGUGAGGAGGAGGAAGACCAUAUGCAUACAGACAAGCUGCUACCUGAUCCACUCAGACAUGGCCAGUAUCCUAACAAUCAGAGUGACCUCUGGAUACAAAUAUCAAAAGAGUUUAUUAUAAGGAGACUAGGUUACCUUGACAAGAGAGAUGGGAACAAUGUUAGCAUUAACCUCCUAUCAAUGCAGUAUGAGAAGAAAGGACACCCUCCAGCCAUAUUCCUCAAGAUUUAUGAUAAAUAUAACCAGGCUGUCUCUUGCCUGUCUACCUCAUUAGAACUUGGUUCUCUCAAAGGCAGAGACACCUAUGUACUUUAUUUGAUACGCAGUCCACCGUUAAUGCCUGAUCAGACAGGUUCUGUAUCACAUGUCACAAUAUCUACCAACAAACAAUGUCUUGCUGAGUCUGAUUCUAUUCUCAUCAGGAUUGUUGAGGAUAAACCGCCUAAAUAUAAUUUUGGGAUAUGUCUUCAUAAAGCAUUUGAGAACCUUUCCCCUAAAGUCAUUCAUGAUUGGGUCAAGUUGAACAUGGAGUUAGGAGCAGAAGUCAUAAUGCUGUACCUCCAAAUGAAGGCUCCACAGGAGGUUUAUAACGUAUUACGACCUUACAUUGACAAGGGGAGAGUAGAAGUAUUGGACUGGCAGUUGGAGCCACCACUAACCAGUGUUGAUUCAUACUACUAUGGACAGACUGGAGUUAUAUCUGAAUGUAUUUGGGAGAAUAUGCAUAAAGUGAAAUAUCUCGGACUGAAUGAUGCAGAUGAGUUCUUUGUUCCUUUGAAACACAACAACAUACCAGAUAUGCUGAGAGAACUGGAGACUAUAGAAGAAGCAAGGAGAGCUGGUUCAUUCAUAUUUACUAAUGCACUGCUCAGAGGUUCCAAGGCCCUGCCCAUUGUUACUGAAGCAUUAAACUCAAAGAGCUGUGACGGAUUGAGAGUUGAUUCACUACCAGUUUACUUCAAGAGGUCUGAGUAUUGUCUUGAAACAGGAGGCCAGUCAGUAAAGAUGAUAGUUAAACCUGAUGCAGUAUUCACUGCAUGGGGACACCUUCUGCUGUCUUAUCGGUCAGACAAGUACUUAAAAGAAUACAUAGUUCCUGAUACAAUGGGCCUCUCCUAUCAUUACAGGCCAGGUUGGAAUGACUAUAAAGGAUGUACCACACCAAUAAAAGAAACAAGGAUCAUUGAAAAGUUCUUUACUAACAUAACACAUUGUAGUGUGUUGUAAAAUGAGGCUUCAUCACUUAAUUAUCGAUAUUAUAUAUAUUAGUUUUAUAGAUUACCAAGGGUAGCUAUAUAAA